UUAUUAUCACUCAUGAAAAAUGAAUGUGUCAAAAGCUCCCUCUAUAACCAAAUAUAUCUGGUCAACUAUAUAUUAUUAAUUGCCAAUUUUAUGUAGACCACCGUUACAUGAGUUAAGUAAAAGCAUUAAGUGGUUAGCAUUAAGUAAGGCAUCCAGCAAUAAAAAAAUCAUGCCAAAAAUAUAAUGUACAAGCAAUACACGAUCCUCUGAUCAAUAUAGGAGGGUAAUAACUCUGAAUUAGAACUGACAUGGAUAGUGACAACCCAUCCAGCCGAUGUUGGCAUAGAAAACAGAUGGAAAAUUAUCAAUAAUGAUAAUAUAAUGAACUGAUAAAAAUAUGACUCUUUUGGAUUAGACUUUUCUAGCAGCCAAUCAAAUCUCAAUGUAUUGAUAAUGUAGAUAUCUUGAUGCAUUUCAGAUAUGAUUGCAUAUACUUUCCUUCGCCAAUUUUGCAACCGGGUUAUGAUUCAAGAAACUUCAACUUUUGAUAAAACAAACACUUUACUCCAUGUAAUGAGUGUUUUUCCCAUUUUUGCUCACAGAAAUGUCACCUAUUGGAUUCAGAUGGCAGACUUUACAGAAUGUCUUGCAAAUGAAAAAAUCAUUUACUAUUAUUUUUUCAAGAAACUCAACUUAAUGCAUCAAUAAUUGGGACACUGAAAUAGGUUUUCCAUUAGAUUAUUAUGGAGGUUUUCAUUAUCUGAACAUUUCAAAAUAACAAAUACUGGGUUACUAAUCAAAAGAAUAGUAUCUAAGACUUUGAAUUGAUGACCCAGACAUUAAUAUCAAGUAUGUUGUCUCGACCCAGAAAAUAACAUCUUGGCUGUUGUGUUUACGUGGAGUAGAGGUUUUAUUGGAAUUUGUGAGCCAAGAGAAGCAAAUUUAGGAGAUCAUAGCAGUUACCUACUAAAUUAUUACUGUUGGGGCAGUAGUGAAAGUGUUUUCAUUGCUUUUAAAGAUGGCUUCAGAAUCAGAGAAAACCCCGGAGAAUAGUAAAUCAGAGAAAAUACCUGAGAAUAGUAAAUCAGGUGAUAAAACUGAAGAUAUAAUACCAGAAAAACAAGCCUUAAACCCUACCUCUGACGGUCAACAUGCUAUGGUUAUGGAGAAAAGUGUUGGUUUAUUCAGUGCUGUUGCACUGAUUGUAGGAACAAUGAUUGGUUCUGGUAUUUUUAUAUCUCCUAAAGGAGUAUUGAUUGGAGGUGGCUCAGUGGCUCUGAGUCUGAUAAUUUGGUUUUUUUGUGGUCUCUUAGCUACUUUAGGUUCCCUAUGUUAUGCUGAACUAGGGACUGCCAUUCCGAAAUCUGGUGGAGAAUAUGCAUAUCUUAUACAUACCUUUGGUGCAUCACAUCCGACCUGGGGUCCAGUACCAGCCUUUUUAUUUGCUUGGUUAGCAAUGUUUGUCAUACGACCAGGAAUGGUAUCGAUAAUGGUGAUGAGUCUGGGAACAUAUGCAUCAAAACCAUUCUAUGGUGACUGUGAACCUCCGGUUGUGGUUGUGAAACUUAUUACUAUCACUGUAUUAGUAUUUAUUGCUUUCAUCAAUGCCACCAGUGUGAAAUUUGCAACUAAAAUUCAGAAUGUUCUAACAAUUACCAAGAUAGCUGCUAUCAUCAUUAUCACUGUUGGAGGCUUUUAUUAUAUGGCAAUAGGUAAAGUCGAUUUUAUUUCUGAAGGUUUUCUGGAUACAUCUGAAAACCCUUCAGCUAUUGCUUUAGGAUUUUAUAAUGGACUUUGGGCCUAUGAUGGUUGGAACAACUUGAAUUUUGUCACAGAAGAAUUAAAAGACCCUUUCAAAAAUUUACCUCGUGCUAUUAUGAUUGGAAUACCUACAGUGACAUUUUGUUAUAUAUUGGUCAAUAUUGGCUAUUUUACUGUGAUGUCCAAAGAAGAAAUACUCAUGUCCAAUGCUGUGGCUGUGGUUUGGGGAAAGAAAGUUCUUGGAGUAAUGGCCUGGAUUAUGCCAGUAUUUGUUGUACUUUCCUGUUUUGGUGCUGCUAAUGGCAGCUUGUUUUCAAGUGGCAGAUUAAACUUGGUUGUAGCAAGAGGUGGACACUUGAUGAAAGCCCUCUCAUUUAUUCAUGCGAAACGUCUUACACCAGUUCCAUCAAUCAUCUUCACAACAGUUGUUGGUAUUUUUCUAAUUUUGGUGUUUGAAUUGGGUAAUUUGAUUGAGUUCUUUAGUUUUACUGCUUGGAUAUUUCAUGGCCUUACUUGUCUCUGUGUAAUUAUUCUUCGCCGUACACAAAAGGAUCUUCACCGACCAUAUUGUGUACCAUUAUUUGUGCCAGUCCUUGUUAUUCUUGGAUCAAUCUAUCUGAUUGUUACACCAAUUAUCCUAAAUCCACGAAUUGAAUUUUUGUAUGCAUUUAUGUUUGUGAUCAGUGGUGUUCUUGUCUAUUUCCCAUUUAUUCACUACAAACUGAGAUUCCCUUACAUUAAUGAAAUUACUGAAGUUGUCCAAAAAAUAUUGUUGAUUGCUCCAAUUCAUGCGGAAUAAGUCGAAGACAAUAAAUGACAGGACUUUGAUCUCCACGGAAUAUCAUAUCAACUUCACAGUUCUUUAACAGCUUAUAUAUGUGUGUGUGUGUGUGUGUGUUAUACAUAUCUUUAUAUUUAUAUACACUUGAAGGAUGCUCAUAUCUGAAAGAUUUUGAUUAUUUUAAUGAUACCUUUUCCUAAAAUUGUCAUUUUUUAAAAAAAAUAAUGUAUUGUAAGAUGAAUGGCUUACUUGAUUACCUCUGGGUCUUUGAAAAAUUCCAUAUAAUUGAACAUAUUGUUGAUUACCUCAAAAAAAGCAUUCAUUUUCGAAUUGGCUAUUAAAGCUAUGUAUUGACUAUAUACAGGGGACUAUAGUAGUCCCCGCAUUUUUGUAAAUGUUGAAUGAAUGUAGUUGUGAUCAUUUCUGUGUUGCAAAUAUUGACAGUUGUAAAGGCAAAAGAACUGAAUUUGUAUUCAUAAAGAUAAUCACUUCUGACUCUCAU